ACCUUCUGUCUCCUCCAGCAUGCGCUGUCUCCAGCUCCUGUUCGGGGCCAGUCCUGCUGCCCUCCUCCUGGUUCUCUGCCUGCAGCUGGGGACCAGCAAAGCUCAGGAAGACACAACCAGUCGGAGGCCGAUAAUAAUGGAUUUGCAGAUGCCCCGGGAAGCAAAAGCAAAUGAGACAGUCUCCCUGGAGCUUAAAGUUAAAACAGAAUUGAAUGAAUGUCUGGUGAUUAAAGCUUACCUCAAAAGCAGCGUCUUCAUUGGUGGUUCUUUUGAUUAUAAAUUCACUGGCUGCCUCUGUAAAGAUUAUCCAAGAACCUUCUUCUGGGACUUUCGGAGCAAUAGCACCACAAAAAUCGCAGCCAUUGUUGACAUCGUUCGGGAGCUAAGUAUCUGCCCCAACGAUGACGCAGUGGUCCCCAUCAAAGCAAACCGGUACUACACCAUCACCACUCUAGUUAUAUCUUAAUAGAAGCUGUUUGUCUCUCCUCAACACCCAGGUGGUUUCCUCGAAGAAAACUGGGCUGAAAUAUCUCUUGUGGUUCAUAAAAUAAACUUUUCACAAGUUUU